CAGGUUAAAGAAGACUUUUCUCUCUCUAUACAUAGAGAGAGAAACUGAGAUCUCUUAAGAAAAGGAAGAAACUUCCAUUCUUUCAUCUAGCUUUGAUCUUCAAUAAUCUCAAUCUUCUUUCUUUCUUUUGGAUAUGGCAUCAUUCACCGAAGCUCCUCCCGGCGAUGGCAAAUCUGGAGAGAAGAUCUUCAAGAUGAAGUGCGCCCAGUGUCAUACCGUUGAAAAAGGCGCAGGACAUAAGCAAGGUCCUAAUCUGAAUGGUCUAUUUGGGAGGCAGUCAGGAACAACUGCAGGUUAUUCUUAUUCUGCUGCAAAUAAGAGUAUGGCUGUGAAUUGGGAAGAGAAGACACUUUAUGAUUACUUGCUUAACCCCAAGAAGUAUAUCCCGGGGACUAUGAAAUCAUAUCAGUCUUCAUCAUUUGAAUCAAAUUAUUUGGAUUAAAUCCAAGUAACCACUCUUCAUCAAAUGAUCUUACAUUAGUUCAAUUUUAGGAUGUUUUUAGAAUCUUUUCUAAGUUGGGCUGAAAAUGAACUGAUUUACUAUUAUCCAUUUGAGCACUUCAUCUACCUCUUAGAUUGGCUUUUCCAUUUGUAAUCCAUUUGAUCUUAACAAUGUGGGUUGUGUUGUUUGGUUUGGAUUCAGUAUAUCUUGGGGACUAUUAAAUCUUAUCAGUCUUCAUCAUUUGAAUCCAAUUAUUUGGGGUUGUUUGUAUUAAAUCCAAGUAAACCACUCUUCAUCAAAUGAUAACUCUUACAUUCCUUCAAUUUUAGGAUAUUUUUAGAAUCUUUUCAAAGUUGGGGUUGGCAAGGAACUGAUUUACUAGUAUACAUUUGAGAACAUCAUCUACCUUUUUGAUUGAAUUUUCCAUUUGUAAUCCAUUUUAUCAGUCUUCAUUAUUUGAAUACAAUUAUUUGGGGUCAUUUGGAUUAAAUCCAAGUUAUCACUCUUCAUCAAAUGAUAACUCUUACAUUCCUUCAAUUUUAGGAUGUUUUUAGAAUCUUUUUUAAGUUGGGUUGGCAAUGAACUGAUUUACUAUUAUACAUUUGAGCACUUCAUCUGCCUGUUU